AUGAAGAACAGUCCAGUCACAUGGAACUUACCAUCCAAUGAGAAACCAGUAGAUCCAAUGGGACCUCCUCAUUGGUCCAGCAAGUUUGGCGACGUCAACAUAGAGGAUGUUGCAAUUCAAAUCUCAACCACGAAGAAUUUUGAAGACACAAAGGCUCAUUGGUGAGUGAGGUAGAAUAAAAUAGUCUAUUACUCUAUUGAUUCAAUAUUGUGAAAGAUCAAGUAAAGGGUUACGGGUAACCAAUAGAAGUAAAUACCAUACCAUGCCAUGCCAUGCCAUGUCAUUCCAUGUUAUUAAACCAUGCCAUACCAUACUAUACCAUGCCAUACAAUACCAAUUACCAAACCAUACCAUACCACACCAUACCAUACCAUACCAUACCAUACAAUACCAAUCAAUUCCGUUCCAUUCCAUAAAAUACCAUAGCAUUCAAAAUAGAUUUUAAUCAUUUGGGUAAAGACCAUUACUGAUUAAAAACAGAUUAAAAAUAAAUAGCGAUCUUAUUAAUCUUUUUCUUACCAUACCAUACCAUACCAUGCCAUACCAUACCAUACCAUACCAUACCAUAUCAUAUCAUAUCAUAUCAUAGUACAUCAUACCAUAACUUACAUAUCCAAUAUCAACCUAUACCAAAGCAUAUAUAAGUCGUGGUAGUACAUUGCACACUUAUUGGUUCUAAUAAUUUGUGCUAAAGGUCUUACAGAUUAAAAAUAAAGCGUGCUCUCGGCAAUCUGUUUGGUGUGGGAAGUGGUGGCUGUACAGACUUUCAUUCAGGGAUUGGAAAUGUGUCUUAUGUUAAAGAUAUCCUUACUGAGACAGUGGUUACUACAAAAUUCAACUGUUCACAAUUUGGACCUCAUACGGACCUUGGAUGGGUAACUGUAAUAUUACACUGUAUAAAAAGCACUGUAGUUAAAAUUUCUGCUUUAUCCAUCUUUCAACAGGUUAACCAAAAAUUUGGGUUGAUUUAACCUGGACAUCCUGGUUGAGUUAACCAAACUAUACUAUGUACAUGCACAUCCUGGAUACCAUGGUUAUAAUUAAUCUGAGUGUUUUAACUGCAGUAUUAAUCUUUUUCUUACCAUACCAUACCAUACCAUGCCAUACCAUACCAUACCAUACCAUACCAUAUCAUAUCAUAUCAUAUCAUAGUACAUCAUACCAUAACUUACAUAUCCAAUAUCAACCUAUACCAAAGCAUAUAUAAGUCGUGGUAGUACAUUGCACACUUAUUGGUUCUAAUAAUUUGUGCUAAAGGUCUUACAGAUUAAAAAUAAAGCGUGCUCUCGGCAAUCUGUUUGGUGUGGGAAGUGGUGGCUGUACAGACUUUCAUUCAGGGAUUGGAAAUGUGUCUUAUGUUAAAGAUAUCCUUACUGAGACAGUGGUUACUACAAAAUUCAACUGUUCACAAUUUGGACCUCAUACGGACCUUGGAUGGGUAACUGUAAUAUUACACUGUAUAAAAAGCACUGUAGUUAAAAUUUCUGCUUUAUCCAUCUUUCAACAGGUUAACCAAAAAUUUGGGUUGAUUUAACCUGGACAUCCUGGUUGAGUUAACCAAACUAUACUAUGUACAUGCACAUCCUGGAUACCAUGGUUAUAAUUAAUCUGAGUGUUUUAACUGCAGAAUGUGUGCUUAAUCCCAGUUCGAUACGAGUUAAUCGCAUUAGAAAUUUCAGACUGAAACCAACUACUUUGACUUGAAAUCCCACGCACUCCUCAUUUCUGUUUUGGAAAUUAAAAAGCGGUAAUAAAAGAAAAAGAAAAUAUUUGAACUACUGUACAAAAUACUAUGUAUUACUUUAUUGUUCAGGAGAAAAUGAAUUACUGUUUUUAUUAUUUUACAGGGAAGAAUGAAUUUCUGUCUCAGAAACAAAUGUUCAAAAGGUUAUGAUGCAUUUAUAGAAGGAUUUCCUUUCAAACUUGACAGUCAUGGAUCUUUUAGGUAAAUACGAAGCUCGGUUUUUCGCAUAUCCUAACCAACUCUAGCUAACCCUGCUCUAAUCUAGUGUUUUCUUGCUUUAAUUUUCCAUUUUCCAACUGUCCUUAUUCCAUUCAGUUAAUUAUAUAACCAAAACUUCAUAAUUGAGAUAUUGAUGAUAUAGGUAUUACAUGAAAUUACAUGAAAGUCAAGUUCAAGCUGCCAAAAAUUAUUCGAAAGUGUGCGGUAGUAAAAAACUUGUAAAACCUUUAGCCAAAAAAAUUGAUCAAAAGUUUUAAAGCACCAGUUUUCUUUUUAUAAUGUACUAGAACAAGUUACCACUUUGAUAAAAAAAAAGUCUUGACUUACAUAAUAUAUUACAUUUUCAGUUAUAGUGCAAGUUCAGAGUUUUCAGGUAUCACACACGGUGCCACAGCUUUUGUUGAUUGCGAUGCUGGCAAGGUUUGUUAACUUGAUUUAUUACUCGGGUUUGUUUGUUAUGGGGUCUGUGAGAUUGUUCUGCUAUCUUUUCUAACAUGUAAACUACACCACAGUACAUUGGUGCGAGUUAUUCUGAUAUCGUUUAUUCAUUAGCAGAUUCACUACUUAACCCUAUACUUUUGAGAUCAGUGUAUUUGAUGUUGUUUGUAGUGUUCUUCUACUUCACAGAAAUCCAUCCAGUUGCAACAGAGUUCAAACUUUAUUCUUCAGCAACACACCCUUCCGGAAAAUACGUCACCUUGGUUAUACAGCCUUGUUUUAGUGAUUGAGAUGUUGGGCCUUUAACCGCCUAAUGUCAUGAACGCGAAAAUGAGGCUCUAUAACCAAGGUGAGGUACUUUCCGGAAGGAUAUGUUCUCUGAAGGUUUAUUACGCUAUUGAUGCGCAGUAUCAGUAAUCUCAUUUUCUAGUCAUUUCCGAGAUUUCUUGUGUCCAUAUUAGGCUAAUUUAGUUAGUCAUAGUCAAAUAUGUUAAAUAAUUUUAACAGUUAUUUAAAGAUCUAAUUUGUUGUAAUUCGUCUUUUUUACAUUGCAAUUUUCGAACUUAUUUACACUAAAUUUCUAAUUCUUCCACAACAUUUAUCUUUAGUGUUGUGCAUGUUUUGGUCCCAAAGGUGGAAGAGGUCAUUAUUGCAGCAGAGAAUGUAAAGCUGUUAAUGGUGGUAUCAUCCUCAAUGGUCAGGUUUACGUCUGGUAUUGGAUCAGAACACGCAUGCCUGAACGACUGUGGAAAAGAUGUAUGGAGUUUAAGAUGAAGACAGAGACUGGGAAAGUAGAAACUUAUUAUAUUGAUAGAAAGACCGGUCCUGCUCAUAAGGUAAGUUUUGGUUUGUGCAUGGAAACGCCGCGUAUAUUUAUUAUUGCAAAGCUCUCAAUCUGGCCCGGAAUUUCAUCAGUGUUAUAUUAAUCGGAGUAUGUAUGAGAAACACUUGGUUUGACGGAUGCCAAGUUGAGAAAUGAGAAGCAUUUCAUAUCUUUUGCGGUUUUCCAAAAGAUCGUGAUUGUCACUGUUAUUAAAGUGGCGGCUGGGAAUAGUUUUGAUGACAGCAUGACGAUGCUCGCUAAAUCUUUCCCUCAAAACAUCUCCUAGUUUCUUCAAUGUAGAGUAAACUGCAUUUAGUGGAUGACAAAUGUUAAAUGAGAUUUAAAAUGAAUGUAAAAUUGUUCUUUUAUACAGGGUACGUGCUCACAACAAUUUCAGACAUUCUUGAAUGAAGGUGUAAGUAUAGGCCUACUCUGGGACCUUAACCCGCCGCGAGAUAAGGCGAGCCUAUGCGUGUAGAGGCGAGAUAGGGCAAGUUAAGGAGAAAUCUGGCUACUGACCCUCGCGAGUUAAGGCAAGAUAAGGCGAGUUAAGGAAAAUUUAUUAUAUUUUGUUUAUAAAUAUAUUUAUAUUUUGUUUUAUCUUUCAAAACCAGUAUUAUAAGUCGCCUAAACAUCCGAAAGUCUAAUGCAGAAUCCACUUACUUCAAUUUAUCUUUAAUCUUAAAGUCCAGGGCACUUGUUUAUAACCAACAAUCACGAAACAAGUUCACGCAAAAGUAAUUCACUGCCAAUUUUAAACACUUUCAGACACUUUUGGUAAAAAACAAAGAAAGUUUCAACAAUCUUCUACCGGUGCCAGGACAGAUUUCAUAUCGCGAGGACAACAAGAAACUUUAUGUGAACAAAGGAAAUGAAUGGGAUGCCAUCGGAAGUGAAAAAGAAGUAAGUCUUGACGGAUGUUAACAGGCGAAAAUCAAUUCAAAAAAAUGGAGGGGGGGGGGGGAGCCGGCCUACAGACGUAAUUUGUUAUAUUGGAGUUGAUGUCUAAGUGACAAUAUAUUUUUAUACCUAACCAGGAACGGUUUUAUCCUAAUUAGGUGUGAAGUGUAUUUAUAUCGUCACUUGAAUUAUCCAUCUGCUCCAAUAUUUACUUUCAACCAAGUGAAGUGCAGAAAAUGUUUUUCAAGUUAUAUUUAACUUAUUUAUUAUAGAUGAUAUUAUUAUUACCCUCCUAACCUCCUUACAUUAAUUAACUUUUGUUGAAAUCAGUAUUUUUGUGUCUGAAAUGUGAAGUGAAUUAAUUAACUACAUUUCUUUCCUGCAAAACUUAACCUCCACAGUAUUACGUAACUUUAAUUUUUGACAUACUGAUAGUCAAAUUAUUUCUAAGACACAAAACUUGGGGAAAAAUAUGACUGCAAAAUUGCAAAGCCUUGAGACAAGUUAGAAAAGAUUGAAGGAAGAUUAAAUGGUAAGUUGAAGUGCAUCAUACUGCUGUAAUACACGAGAUGUUUCCCAUUGUGAAUUAAUUCUUCCAAACCGCUAACCAUUAUGGACACGGCUGUGGAUUGAGAAGGAUACAACUACCUGAAAAAUAUAAGCAAAGGUCUUCGCUCGAAACGUCGAAGUUCUGCUCAUAUUUUUCAGGAAAUUGUGUCUCUCUCAAUCCAUAGUUGUCUGUUAUCGUCGCUAGCUAUACAAAGUGGCACCGACCGUCAAUUCGAGAUUAUUUUAAAAUUAUAUCACUACAGCCAUUAUAAAUAAACUUGCUUGCGACAGUUUUAUCUCUCAGAUCCAAUGACAUGCUGCUAAAAGAAACACAAAACAUGGAAGAGUUGUCAAACUAUAAAAUAAUAGACCUUAUGCAUAAUGACAUCACAAGGCUUGAUGUCCGCGAGGAAUGCUGGUGUUACUAGUCAUCGCCCGGGAAAAUUAAACAAUUCAAAAUGGCCACUAUCGAAAUUUUCCCGCGCGAUGACUACUAACACCAGCAUUCCUCGCGGGCAUCAAGUCUUGUGACGUCAUUAUGCAUAAGGUCUAUUAUGGCUGGCAGGGGCGGCGCUAACCCUCUUCGAGUGGGGGGUUGUGAGUGAUCUUUUGCCGACUGUUGUUUGGUAAUUUUGCCGAGUCAUUAGCCUAUAGUGAGGGUCCUGAAGGGGGGGGGAGGGUCCCAAUCCCAUUUUCCACCUGAAAUUUUGGCAAAAUCCCAGUCCCAGUUGGAUUUUUAUUAGAAAUCCCAGUCCGAGUUAUUGAAAUCCCAGUCAAUAAAAAAACCCUUUAUUUAUCGGUAGAAUAAACAGUUUUAAGACCUUUUAAGCCACCGUGUGUGCAAGUGGCGGACACUUUAUGAAAUAUUUAAAUUUUUAAAUUUGAAUCCCGGAAAUGGCAUUUGCAUCAUUCUGAGACACGCAUAAUCAGAAAACCCAAAAUUCCGGGCGCCAUGACUAAAGACACCAAAAACGGAUCAAAAGUGGGAAUCGACUCGCAUUACUUCAAUACCGUUCCCAUUUUUGAGGACUUCAUUUCCCAUUCCCAGUGGCCAAAUCCCAGUCCCAGCAACCCAAUCCCAUUUUCCAAGUCUAAAAAUAGAUCAAUCCCAGUUCCCAUUUUACCCCUUCAGGGCCAUCUAUAGUAAAUGUGCAUGUUUAAAUGCGCUUUAUUACCCUCUAUUACGUCGGUUUUCCACUAGCGAAUUUUUCUGCGCGAAGUGACCUUUUUCCUUUGUCGGCAUCCAUUUUGCAGCCCUCGAAAAGUCAAAACCGUCAAAAUUGAGGUCGGCAAAAGAGGACCGACCUAAAUCUGACCUAGGUCGGCACAUCUCGGCAUUUCUUAAAAUCUGUUCCACGUCUUGGAGCACUAUUAAUCACGCAUUUACAAAUCAUUGAAAUCGGAAUAUAACUGGAACGUUACCUCCAGCCGGAAAAUUCGAAAGUUGGAGCCAAAUUUUAACUCCAGACGCGCGAAAUUUGAUCUUCAAACAUCGAACGUAUAUACACAAUACCCGUCAGUUUUUAAACCUUACACCGUAGUGUGUUCAGUUAAUCGAAUUCGCUGACACUUUAAAAGCUAUCAGCAUAAAAAAUUCUUAUUUUGGUUGAAUUAAGGUGGGCAGAAAUUUGCAUUUAGCCCGGCAUUGCCGAAUGCCGACCUCGUUUUCGAGGACUGAUUUUGCCACGUGUUGCUGACGUACUAAGUGAUACCGACAAAGGAAAAAGGUCGCUUCGUGCGAGAAAAUUCGCUAGUGGAAAACCGACUUUAUUGUCACUUUUAUAGAACAGUAUAAUAAGCAACAACAACGACGACGACGACGACGACGACGACGACGACGACGACGACGACGACGACGACGACGACCACAAAAACAACGACAACAACAACAACAACAACAACAACAACAACAACAACAACAACAACAACAACAACAACCUAAUUAUGAUUUCAAUAAUAUUAUGUUUUUGGACUAGCUGCCAGAAGUGAAGAUACUGUAUUCGAAAAAAUUUGCAUUGCUGCAUGUGUGGUUUCUUUGAUCACGCUUUGAUGCAUGCUAUUCGUGAUAUUCGGUUUGAAUUCAAUUAUUCAGGAGGUCAAUUUUGGUUUCUUCAGUGGUUAUCUUUAGCCAAUCCAGUUUUGCCGACUGAGAUAACAAUUUGCCGAUUAGCUGACGAGUGGGGGGGGGGUUCCACCCCCCCUCCACCCCCACACCCCCUGUAGCGCCGCUCCUGAUGGCUAGAAAUCCUCGCUAAUUUGAAUGGCUUGAAAACAUUCAGGUUUUGAAGCAUGAACUAUCAUUUCUCGUAUACUCAAUCUUAUAUAUGCAUGGACAUGGUAUAAAUUUACCUUAUUUUAUUUUAUUUUAUUUCAGCCAAGUCAGUUUAUGGUUCAAAAUUAAACCCAGGAAAAACUUGUAACGAUAUCCUAGCAGCAAAUAAAUCGCUUGAAUUGAACCAAUCUCUUUUCAUUAUACACUGCAUGCGAUAUGGUUUUUAACUAUCAUAACUUGCGAGUUGUGUGUUAUAUUUCAAUCACUUAAUUAAUCUAUUUUAUUUCAGAAAUCACGAAAAAAUCUUGCAAAGAUAUCCUAGCAGCAAAUAAAUUCGCAAUUUCAGGUAUUUACUCGAUACAGCCUGCAGCCAGUAAGUUAUUUCAGGUUUACUGUGACAUGGAAACUCACGGAGGAGGCUGGACCUUUGUUUACAGCUACACCUUUACAAAUUACAACAGUUUUGGUUCAGGAAGCAAUGCCGUAACUCCCCGUCCUAACUGGCCUGCCAGGACGGCCAAUGUCCCAAUCUCAACCACUCCUCCACUCAGUGAGUCAUCUCUUGGGGCUGUAGACUGGAAUCUUUGGAAGAACAUUGGAAAAGAGUUCAUGGUCAAGUCAAACAUCAAUCAUUGGAUUGUUUGUCAACCAAAUGGUGGAAGUCUGGUCACAAAGAAAAACGGAUUAAUGCGUUGUCAGAAUAUAAAGAACGUGGCAACAGCUUGUAGUGGUGUGGUACCGUAUAGAGUUUUUUGGCACAAUGUUGGACCAACCCUCCAUGCUUCCUCGUAUUAUUAUUACUUUAAUGGAUUCACACGCUAUCACUACCCAACACAUGAUCCUUGUGGCAAAAAUAGUGGUUCUAAUCACAAGAACGGAGUCAGCAACCCUGGCGGACAAAUCUAUCUUCGCUAGAAUUCAAACUUUCACAUUCAGUAUUUUGUUUUAUUUAACACUUGAUAUAACAUGCACAAGUAAUCAGGACAUAUAGAUAUAGUCACAUAUAGCAUCUUUAUAUAAUCCCUAAUCCUAAAAUGACAUUAAUUAAUAAUACUCCAUGACCAUGGAAAGCGUUUACCGGUAUUAUCCAUAAUAUCGGGAAACUACACAACCUAGAAAUAGAAAACAUUUAGCAGUAGUAUUAUUAACUUUGUAUUGGUAAUCGAGAAAUAAAUUUCAGGUUUUUUUC